AUGGGUUUCUGGGAAAACAAUAAAUGGCAGUGGGAACUGUCAUGGGUCAGGACCUUCAGAAUUAGAGAUUCAAUAGAAUGGGAACAAUUGCAUCCCUUGUUGCUUCAAGCUCCGAUCCAGCAUAAUGAAAAAGACUCCCUUGUAUGGACUCUCAGCUCAAAUGGCGAAUUCACAGUAAAAUCCUUCUAUGAUGAACUUUACAAAGAUGUGACUCCUUGUUUGGGUAGCCUCUCGCGGAAAAUUUGGUCUGGACUUGUCCCUCUCAGAAUAGAAGUGUUUACAUGGUUAGCAGUACAAGAAAGAAUAAACACUAAGAAGAAGCUCACGUCUCUUGGCAUCAUUCCUCCUUCAGAGUCAGGUUGCAUCUUAUGUGAUUCAGGGCCUGAGGAUAUCUCUCACUUAUUCUUAUUCUGCCCUUUUGCUAUGGAAAUAUGGAGUUGGUGGUGGAACUUGUGGAAUAUUUCAUGGGUAUGGCCCAAGUCUCUUGCUCAAGCUUUAUCGCAAUGGAUCUUCCCAGGGAAAGGUAUUUUCUUCAAACAAAUCUGGUUCUCCUCCUUCAUUGUAAUCAUAUGGUCUGUAUGGAGAGAAAGAAACGAGCGAAUUUUCAACAGCAAAUCGUCGUCUACCAGGGAUAUAAAGACUUUAGUGCUGGUCCGUUUAUGGUGGUGGGUAAAAUCGUGGAAACUUCCAUUCCUCUACUCAGUUGAGGAAGUAAUUAGAAAUCCAAAAUGUCUACAAUGGGGUUCUUCCAAAGCCCCGAAGCCCAAAAUCUCUCACUCUCACCUCAAAAACAUUGCGGAGGUUGGAAGCUGCAAAUUAAUUCUUCGCUGGGUAGUGGGCUUCACCCCUUUCUCGCCUUCAAAUGGAGCAGAUGGGGGAGGAAUUUACAGUGGACACCUUCGUAAUAAUUGGGGAGACACUCUUUGCUCCUUCUCCUGUCCCUUUCCUCCGAUGAACCCAGAAAAUGUGGCGGUAUUAGCUAUUCAUCGUGCAAUUCAAAUCUCUCUCAGUUAUGGAACCGCAGGAGUUCAGGAAAUUUCAAUAAAUUCCGACUCCAUUUUGGCAAUCAGAUGGUGUCUCAGUCGCUCAGAUGGACCAAGCAAUCUUUCUUUCAUCCUAAAUUUUAUCAGAUCCACUCGCCAGAAGCUUCCUUUGUUCCAGAUUAAUCUUCAAUCUGAUAGUAAUGCCCAGAUUAGGAAAAUCUCAGAGAAGAAAAGAUUUGUUUUUUCAGAUGAAGUUAUUUGGGAGAAAUAUCCUAAGUAG